UGUACGCUCUCCUGCGCUGUUCAGGGUUCUGUGUUGAUGUCUUUCAGAUGCCUGUUUUUUUCAAAGAGUGUCUUAUUUGUUUUUAUAGAGCGCUCAGUGUAUUAAAACAAUAUAUUCAAAACGUGCGUAUCGAUUAUGGAUAUUAGUUUUAAAUUAACAAAGGAUGUCAGUUGCCGCGCAUUGAAAUACAAUUAGCCUGUAUGGAAAUUGUUAUAAAAAAAGUGGCGGAAAUUUUUAUUAUUUAUAACUUUACUAGGAAUUUUUUGGAAGCUACGUUUUUUUUACGCUGAUCGAUUGUUUCUUUUUGGAAAGUAAUUUCCGUGCAUGGAUAAGUGAUAGAGGGAAAAAGUGCGUUUAAAACAGAUGCAAAAGAACGGUGUGAUGUUUAUUCUAGUCAUACGAUUCAAAUUCUGGUUUCUAUCGGCCUUAUAAAAUAUUCAGAAAGAAGAACAAGUGAUAUUUCGCGUUUGUUUGUGGUAUCGCUAACUCGAUGCAUAAUCGAUGAAAGUGUCAAUCCAUUUUUGCUAAUGAAAUGUGUUUUAUCCAAUUAACUCAAUGAAUCAAGAUCCUUACGGCUAGCAUGUGCUAACAAGUUAGCAGAUUUUUAAACAUCCUUCAUUUGCUUAUUCAGAAACGUUGAACAUAAAAGGAUGAGGAAAUACUCUGGCAAGGAUCUAGGCGUUAUUCUUAAAGAAUUAAUAAAUUAUCCAGUGGAUGGCAUGAAAAAUUAAUGUUCCAUUCUGUUCCGUAUAACUGGCAAUACUGGAGGUAGCGUAUGGCAGUCCUAAUGAAGAAGUUCAGUUACUCUUCUGUAAAGUUGAAUGGCACAUCAGUUCAUUAACGCCGUUAAAUAACCGUUCUUCUUUUACGUUAUUGAAAGAUACUGUGAACAAAAAAUAAUGUAAUUAAUAUGAACUCCAGGAAAACGUCAAAAGCAGAUGUUAUCAAUGUAAAAAUAAUAGUUAAAAUUAGUUUACGAGCGAUUAAAUGAAUUAAGAAAGAAUUAAGCAACUUACGUCUAAACCGGAUAUUGUAAACCGGAAGUGACCAUGAAUUCAGCAGCAGGGGCUUCAAAUGUGGUUGUGCACGGAGGCGGGGGAAAACGGAAAAGCAAUGCUCAGCAGCCGGCGGACAUGGAGGAGCUAGUUGGAACCACUGAGGAGAAGCGGAACUGGCGGGGAAUUGUUAUCGCUCUACUUGUGAUUGUCACGGUCCUAGCGCUUAUCGUCACUGCCAUCAUCCUGGUCACACCAAAAACUGAAGAUAAUAAGGAAGGGGAGAAGGUGGACUUUAGAGGGUUUAUUAAAGGUUCCUUUGAGCCUCGGAGCUUCCAGCCUCGAUGGCUACCAGGAGUGGACGAGUCGUUUAUAUUCCGCGACCGAAAUGGGGCGGUUAUGCAUUACGAUUGUGAGGACAACAGUACAUAUAUUAUAGUUGGAAACAAUACUUUCAGGGAAUUAAACACAGAUCGAUUCAGUGUUUCAGCAGACAAGCAAUAUAUUCUCUACCAAUAUGACAUUCAUAAGGUUUUCAGACAUUCUACAAUAUCACGAUACAGACUCGUCAAUAUAAAAACAUCUGAGCAAUAUGAGUUGGUUGGUCCCCAUGGCGAACAGUUACAGGUGGUCAAGUGGUCAACUAUUGGUCACUCGCUGGUGUUCGUCCAGUACAAUGACAUAUUUUUCUCACAAGACCCGGUCGUUGGUGAUUUGGAGCAGCUCACAUUUGAUGGGUUUGAAGAUGUGGAAACGGUGUUUAAUGGUGUCCCAGACUGGUUGUAUGAAGAGGAGAUCCUACAGUCCGACUCCGCUAUGUGGUUCUCACCGAACGGACGUCACUUAGCGUACGCGACGUUUGAUGACCGUGACGUCAGCUCGUACGACAUGUCGUUAUACGGCGAUAUGGUACAUGAGUACGUUAUCACCGCAAGACUUCCGUAUCCUAAGGCCGGUACACGAAACCCGACAGUGAUACUUAAAGUCGUCAAUCUGAUUACGAACAUCACUGUACAUAUACCACUGCCGCCGGAACUUCAGAAUGUGGACCACUACCUUUACGCAGUCACGUGGAAGGACCACAGUCACGUGCUUGCCACGUGGAUGAACCGUGCUCAGAAUCUCUCCGUUCUCUAUAUGUGUCCGAUUGAUGGUGGCUCGUGUAAGAAGAACCUACGAGUAGAUGGGGAGGGAGGCUGGGUCGACAUGUUCCAUUUUUCAAUGUUUACACCGGACGCCAGCAGCUACUUCCUGCUCAUACCACACAGGGACGGAGCAGCCGGCAGCUUCCAGCAUAUAGCCAUGGUGGAUUCCAAUAGCGACAUUCAUACGAAGCCGGGAGACGGGAGCAAGAUUUUCCUGACUGGAGGACGCUGGGAUGUCGUAGACAUCGUUGGAUAUGACGACGUCUUGAAAAUUAUAUAUUUUACAGCAACGAAAAUGGGCGAUCCACGGAAAAGACACCUGUAUAGUACCACUGUCUCCAAGACGCACGAAUCAUUCCGUCAGGUCACGUGUCUGUCAUGUGACAUCAGCGAGGACUGUCAGUUCGUUGACGCCACAUUCUCACCUACCGGGAAAUUUUACAUUCUGGCCUGUAAGGGACCCGCGGUUCCCAGCUACCAUCUGUACUCGAUCGAUAAUGGAUUAGUAAUCACUUUAGAAGACAACACUGAACUACGAAAAAUGUUGGAAGACUUCAGCUUACCCGUGCAGGAGUAUGUACAGAUACCAAUAGACGAGGAUGAGACAGAAUUUAUGUGGGCAAAGGUUCUACUUCCACCAAUUCUGAAGAAAGAUGAAAUUAUCACGUAUAAUAUACUAUUUAAAGUGUACGGUGCUCCUGGUACCCAGCUAAUUACAGAAGAGUUCAGUAUCGGCUGGGAGCAUUACUUGUGCAGUACCCACAGUAUCAUCAUCGUGUCGGUAGAUGGGCGGGGCACAGGCGGGAGGGGCAACAUGUGGAAACAUUCCGUCUACAAACAGCUCGGUCAGCUGGAGGUAGAUGACACCAUUACAGCUGCGAGAUAUUUCAACAGUCUACAUUAUGUAAAUGAGCAGACUGCUAUAUGGGGAAUGUCGUACGGGGGAUUUUUGACUGCAUCCGUGAUUGCUCGGGGAACCGAGGCGUUCAAAUGUGGGCUCGCUGUGGCCCCCGUUACGGACUGGAGAUAUUACGAUACUGCCUAUACAGAAAGAUACAUGGGGCUACCGACUGCGAGAGAUAACCUCGCCGCUUAUAACGCUGUAAACAUAUCAAAACAUGCAUCGAAUUUCAAGUCAUCGCGCUUUAUGCUGAUUCAUGGGACGGCUGAUGAUAAUGUCCAUUUCCAAAACUCUGCUCAAUUCAUGAAAGCCCUUGUAGAGGCUGAUGUCUAUUUCCGCCAGCAGAUAUAUACAGACGAAAACCAUUUCCUAGAUGGUAGAAACACUAAGACACAUUUCUACAACACCAUGGAAGACUUUGUACUUCAGUGUUAUGGCAAAAAGUUUACCUAUGAGGAUCUCAGUUCAGAUGCUUCAGAAAAGGAUAUUGAAGAGGAGGAAGCCGAAUAGACGAUACUGAGACGUUGUUUUGACGUUGUUUUGACGUUAUUUUGACGUUGUUUUGACUAUAUUGUGACGUUUAAGACAUAUGAUAUAAUGCGGGAUGAAGGGUGUAAUUGAAGUUCAUUAUUUUGAAAAAGCUACGAAAUUUAAAAGACAAGAUGGUUGAAGACAUGAUAAGGAACCUUUGAUGAUCAAAUGUGACGUUUUGGUACAGAAGGUAUUUGGAAAGGCAUGUGGGCUUUAUAAAUGUGAAAACGGUGUGAACCGCGAAGUAAGAAGUAGUAGAUGGACGAAAUGUGUGGUAUAAGACUUCAUCUGAUGGAAAAUGAUGCACAUAGAAGAUGAUUGCGUCAGAAGUGUUCUUCUUGCACGCAAGUGGUUUUUUCGAAUAACUCUUGAUGACACUGUUUUAAUAGGAUAUUAAAUAACAGUGAAAUGGAUUACUGAUUCCAGUUCGAGUUGAUACGAGAUGUUCGAAUGUUGUGUAAUAUGGACUCUGUAGUAAAGGUGCGUUAAUUGCCGUAUCAGGUGGCAGUAUUGCAUAACUGUGUGGAUGACAUAAAAGAAGGUUAUGUAUUGACAUGUAUCCAGGCGGCAUGUCCAAGUUCAUAGAGUUUGGUACAGUUAAAAUGUAUAAUUAUAGCAGAUAUAUAUAUAUAUAUAUACGUACCUUUGGUGAGAUAUUAAACACAUCGACAUUAUGAUUACUUUUCAGGAUUGAGAAAGUCAAAAUAAAUGUUAAGAGUGUUAAACUGACAAUGGAUGUACAUUUGACAUUGCUGAGCAGUUCUAUCAGUAUUUGUGAUAUAUUUUCACCGAGACCAAUGUUCGCUCAUUGUUAAUCGUCAGUAUAUGAUCUUGAUAUUAGGUUGCUUUGUUAAUUGUCACCAAAUGAUAUUGAUGUUAGAAUGCUUUGUUGAAUUCUAGCAACUAAUUUUAUAUAAGUUUGUUUUCAUAUCUGUUCGUUGAUUUCCUAAAAAUGUUAUCAAUACCUACCGGCCCCCCCAUAUUAAAGUCUUAAUCACUAUUUCACUUCAUUACAGAAUGGCAUUGCAUGAUUCAGAACAUUUAUAAUUAUUCUCUUUGUAAAAGUAUAUCUUCUGAUAGACUGUGUUGAUCAAAAUAAACGGUCACUAUUUUAAAGACAAUUAAUUCUAGAGCAAAACAUGUACUUGAGUUCAUAUGUUCAUGUCAUAACUCCCGUACAUUUGUUCAAGUCAUUACUCCCGUACAUUUGUUCAAGUCAUAACUCCCGUACAUAAUGCCCUAAAAAUGAUUUGCCUUAGAAUACUGAUCAAUGAUGUUUAUCAUCACAAUGCACCAGAGAACGCGCUUUUUACAAGAGUAAAACAUGAGCAUAUACGCAUUUGAUAUGUAAAUUAAUCAAAGGUUCUUAUGCUUCUAAGGCAUGCUUCUUUUAUUUACGUUUUUGAAGGACCCUGCUUUACCAGUGGCGAACGUAAGCAGACUGUGUUUAUUUUGUAUCCCUGUUAUACUGCAAGCGGGAAACCAAACCGCAAACGUUCGCCGCAGACACCUACCUAUAGCUGGCCUUAACUGAGCCCAGAGCAGUAGUUGAAUGUCAACGAAGUACAUGAAUGUUAUUGUUAUUCCAAUAACACAACAUUCUUAAAGAAGAAUUGAAUAAGAGGCUUUCGGUAUUGUUUUUAAUGUUUUAUUAAUGUGAUAUUUGUUGAUGUUUAUCUGUAUGUAUAUUUUGUGUUUCAUUACUUACCAAAGAAACGCACAUUCUAGCUCUAAAAACGACAAUGUUUUUACUACACGUAUUAUUUCAACAAUAUUUAUUAUGUAUAUUUGUUAUGGGGUAUGUCGGUGCAAUAAAUGUUUUAUGAUAAUGAUAGUUCUAUGAUGAUUUUAUAUGUAUGUCUAAGGUCAUGAUUGUGUUUUGUACCUUUUUGAACAAUAUAGAAAUAAAAUAAAUGUAAAUUAAGAAAUCUUAAAUGGUUAUCGCGGUCAUUAAUAAAUCUAUGUUUCACGAGAUCCUCGAAAAGUCUAAACAAGUAUAGAUUUUUUUAACUUAAAUUUACAAAUCAAAGUUUAGUUUAUCGCGGUCAUCUAAAAAUCCUAUAAAAGUCUCAAAAAUCCUUAAAUACAGAUAUUUCUGCAAAUUAUAAUAAAUCAAAACAGGUUAGCUUAGUUUGAUCCUGUUUUGCAGGGUUUAAAAUUGUACUAAAAAUUGGAGACAGAAGUUCACGCACAACCCGGGUUAUUAAAGUUAAACUUGAGAGCUUCAGGGCGAUUAUACCUUCAAUAACGAGCCUAGUAGUAAUUUUAAUGGGACUUUUUUACGAAAGUUAAUAGAAGGUUAUAAAAACAAUGAUUUGAAACGUAAAGGUUUAAUUUAUAUGUAUUACGUUGAUAGCAUUGCUUUUACACUUUUCUAAAAGUUCCAAAAGAAAAAUGAUCAGAUUUGAGACUUUUAAGGAAUGUAUUCGAAUUGGAAAAAAAUGGUAUUUGUAGCUUACCUCAACUAUGUUUUUAAUUGACCGAAAUCGAGAGCGGAACUGUUAUAAACGUGUUCAAAACAACAGUAUGUAUGUGUUUUUGUUUCAUUUGUACAUAUAUCAUUGGAAUAAUUCCUUGUCAUUUCCAUAACUUAAAAAUGAAUUAUGAAUUUGUGUAAUACAUUUGUGUUUUAUAUCAGUAACUUUUAUACAUUGUGUAUGGAUAUUAUAAUGUGUAUGACAUUUCAAUACAUUUCCUUUUUUACUGUAUAACAAUAUUUAUUUAUUGAAUUUACCAAAACGUUUGUUCAUAAUU